GACAGAAAGCAAGGAAUCUAGUAGAGAAAGACAGAAGGAAAAUAAAAGAAAAAUGGGAAUCAGAUUCAUUCUAAUGGUGAAUAAGCAAGGGCAGACCCGUUUAGCCCAAUAUUAUGAAUAUCUAACCCUAGAAGAACGCCGAGCACUUGAAGGUGAAAUAGUUCGCAAAUGCCUUGCCCGCACUGAGCAACAGUGUUCAUUUGUCGAGCAUCGGAACUACAAAAUUGUGUAUAGGCGAUACGCAUCACUAUUUUUCUUGGUUGGAGUAGACAAUGAAGAAAAUGAGCUUGCAAUUUUGGAAUUUAUCCACCUACUAGUUGAAACUAUGGAUCGACAUUUUGGCAAUGUGUGUGAGCUGGACGUAAUGUUUCAUUUGGAAAAAGCACACUUCAUGCUGGAGGAAAUGGUGAUGAAUGGUUGUAUUGUUGAAACCAGCAAGGCUAAUAUUCUGAGUCCAAUACAGCUGAUGGACAAAGCAUCAUAAUCUGUUAAAUUUGAUCUGUUUGGAGAACUCUGCUAUGACUAUGUUUUAUAAUUUUUGGAAUGUCAUUUGUACUUGUGUCAUUCCAAAAACAUUUAAGGUUUCUUGAUUUCAUAACGAAAGAUAAUUUUGAA